AUGUCUGAUUCACCCAUUACAACUGCGCCCGUCGGGCCUCAAGAGAAACCGAUCCUGGACAAGCUGCUCCUGAUCAGAGACAAGUUGCUCCUCCUCAAGCAAGACAAAAGCACCUAUGUCAAAUCCUCCGAUGUCCUUCCCUUGUAUGAGCAGGUCAUUGAGCAAGUCUCGAUCCUCAACUCUGUCCGAGGUCCGGAAAUUUUACUGCAAAACCGAGUCGACACCGUCCUGGAUGACUGUCUUCAACUUGUGUCCCUCUUCUUUAUGGCGGUGGGACGGAACAACGAAGCGCCUGCGCUCUACGCCAUGACCGGAAACAUCACGCGCCUGUGUCAACACCUCAAAGAAGCUGCGUUUUAUAGCAAGAGAGACUUGACCAGUUUGGAACACACACUUGAGAAGAUGCAGAUCACUCUCGACCACGGCAAGGAGAAGUACUCCAAUCACUUAUUGACGCGCAUCCAAUAUCGCCUGGAGGUUUGCCGGGAAAUGCUGCAGGAACUGCGCAACUUCCUUUCUACACUCUCACCGGAAAUGACCCCAAUUUGGGAGAAACUGGUCUCUAUUCUCCGAGCUAUUGCGGCCUUGAACACCAGGAGCAAGUUCAGCCAGAAAGAUUUGAACGAACUGCGGGAGCAGCUUCUGCAGAUCCAAGCAACCAUGAAGGAUGGAAAACUCCCGAGUGAACAAGGGGAAGUCAAGGGCGGGCAAGACUUGGUGGUACCUCUGCUUGAAAGGUGCCUCAAAUUCACUGACAUAGUCGAACAAAAGCAAGGCAAGAUAGACGAGAGAUUCCAAGAUAUUUAUGAUCAACUCCUGGAAAUCCGCAAUCAGCUCGAUCGACUGACCAUGACCCAAGCUUGGUCCCUCCGCGAAACCGACUUGUUUAUGUGGCAGAGGAAGUUGGAUCGCAUUGACGAUUCGAGACGAGAUGGGAAUUUCUUCGACGCCGAAGGCCACCCUGCGGACCUACACGCACAAAGAACGUUGCUCUACCUGAUCCGGCGAGGAUAUGCGUACAUUUAUCAGUUGCUGAUCGCAUCCGAGCCGGUUUCGGAAGCGCUACUUCCUAUAUACAACCAGCUUCUCACUUUGCGGAAAUGUCUGGUCGAGGUCAAGAAGGCGGGGGGUGUUUCCAAUCCCCGAGAAUUGUAUCCUUACAGCAUGAAGCUCAACUCUAUUGACAACAUGCGGGUUGAUGGGAAGUUCCAAAUUGGCAAUGAUAUCCCAGAGGGACAAGGCAGUGUGAACGAUCUUCUCGCGGAAUGUUAUGAUCUUGCGUAUGAGUUGAGGACUGCAGCUGAGGAGGAAGCAGAGGGCGAGUAG